CCCGCGCAUGGCUGUUUGCCCUCCCGCUCCCUCCCUUUCCCUCUCACUCUGCCUGCCGCCCUUGCCGUUUGCUGUUCCCGAGUUCUAUCACUAUCCUGGGCUGGUGUGAGAGCGGAGGGAGGGAGGAUGGGUCCGGAACAGCGGGGCGCAGUUUAAGUGAUCCCAACAAGAGAUAGAAAACCCUCUUCUAUUUGAGAGGACUGGUCAGUGCAUGGGUCUUGUGCCAAUCUCCAGCUAUGGCUCACCUGAGGGAAUUUGCCAACCAGCACUCUAGGGUUGAUCCAGAGGAACUCUUCACCAAGCUGGAAAGGAUCGGUAAAGGGUCUUUUGGAGAGGUGUACAAAGGAAUUGAUAACCGCACUAAGGAAGUGGUAGCGAUCAAGAUCAUUGACCUUGAGGAGGCUGAAGAUGAGAUUGAGGAUAUCCAGCAAGAGAUUACGGUGCUUAGCCAGUGCGACAGCCCCUAUAUCACCCGCUACUAUGGUUCCUACUUGAAGGGCACCAAACUCUGGAUAAUCAUGGAGUACUUGGGAGGAGGCUCAGCACUGGAUCUACUCAAGCCUGGUCCCUUAGAAGAGACCUAUAUUGCCACCAUUCUGCGGGAAAUUCUCAAGGGUUUGGACUACCUUCAUUGUGAGAGGAAAAUCCACAGAGACAUCAAAGCAGCCAACGUGCUACUUUCAGAACAAGGAGAUGUGAAGCUAGCUGAUUUUGGUGUGGCUGGCCAACUGACAGACACUCAGAUCAAGAGAAACACUUUUGUUGGGACCCCUUUUUGGAUGGCACCCGAAGUCAUCAAGCAAUCAGCCUAUGACUUCAAGGCAGAUAUUUGGUCCCUUGGCAUUACUGCUAUUGAACUGGCAAAGGGAGAGCCUCCGAAUUCCGACUUGCAUCCUAUGAGAGUUCUUUUCCUGAUUCCCAAAAACAACCCUCCAACUUUAGAGGGACACCACAGUAAGCCCUUUAAGGAAUUUGUGGAGGCCUGCCUUAACAAGGACCCUCGAUUUAGGCCCACUGCAAAGGAACUGCUAAAGCACAAAUUUAUUACACGUUACACCAAAAAAACAUCAUUUCUCAUGGAGCUCAUUGAUCGGUACAAGCGCUGGAAGUCAGAGGGGCAUGGUGAGGAUUCAAGCUCCGAUGACUCCGACAUUGAUGGAGAUGCAGAUGAACGGGAUCAAGGACCCAUGUGGACUUUCCCACCAACCAUUCGCCCCAAUUCGCUGAACAAGUUGCACAAGGGACUGUCUCAUCAUGGGUCCCAAAAGCCUGCUGAACCCAUCAAACGGCAGCCACGGUCUCAGUCUCUCUCUACUCUGGUUCGCCCUGUCUUUGGAGAGCUCAAAGACAAGCAUAAGCAGACUGGAGGGAAUGUAGGAGCCAUGGAGGAACUGGAGAAUGCCUUUGGCUUAGCUGAAGAAUCUUGUCCAGGAAUCUCUGACAAAUUAAUUGCACAUAUGGUGGAGCGAGUGCAAAGGUUCUCACACAGCAGGAACCACCUGACUUCGGCACGCUGAAGAGUCCGCUCUUUAUCGCUUGUAGGAGGAAGGGUGGCGUCCCCCCCCGCCCCCGCCCCCGCUCCAUACGAACUGUGUCUUGAAUCCAUCACCAUCUCUGCUGUUGGAUGUUAACAUUGUGCUAUGGAUUCUCAGACAUUUCAGAGCCUUUGUAUGUGUGUGUUUUCAUGACCACCCAAGAUGGGAUUCGCAACACGACUGAUCGUGGACUACUUUACAGACUGUUCUACAGUGUAUUUCAUGGAAGUUUUUAAUUGUGUCCAAUUUUUCUCAGGUCAGAACUUGUUUCAAUAGCAAAAUCCUGACUGCUGGAAAAUGGAAAUUCAUAAGCAAACACAUUCCAAAAGGGAAGUAGGACUGUGGUAAUGUUUCCCUUGCUCUUGCCAGAGGUAACUUAUACAUGAGCAGAUUGGUAAGCAAGGAAGGACUGUCCCCAUACAGUGGGAUGGCCAGGCAUGCUGGUGCUAAUCAAGAAAACGUUGUAAUGUGUUCCUCCUUAGCUAAGAGAAGAUUGGGCUAGCAGUUUGUCUCCUCCUGUCUGUCUACGUGUUCCUUUUGUGCGGUAGGUUUGACUGCUGCUCUACUCUGCACUGGCCCAUGUUUCACUGACAACAGCUUGGAAUAGGUGUUCUCCUAUCCUACCAAGGCCUUUUGCUGCUACUUUAUAUCUUAUGUAUGAACACUAAUUCAGUUCAAACAUUUUUGGCAGAGCAUUAUGUACUUUUAAAAAACAGAGGACAACUGAAUGCGUAACUGCUCCUCCAGUUUAGUGAAGGAGUGAGGGUUUACACGAAGUCUUCGUUUUGCAGAGAUUUGUGAUUGUAUUAAAUCUGGUUUGAGAUUUUCAGUUAAUUGAAAAAUGUGUGGUGCCAACAGCUGGGAAAAGUCCUAGCUGACAUUCCCCAAAUAUAUUCUGUGGGUUGUUCCCCCCCCCCCCCCAACUUUUCAUUUCAUUUUAAACUUGAACAGUAUCAUUAGUGAAGUUCCCAACAGCUCUUAUAUCUGGUUCUGGCUCAGAAUUGGUAUAAUGAGCAUAUCAGGUUCCAACUAGUUUUUCCUCUCCAGCAGUAAUAUAGUAGAGCUAGAGCAGUCACACAUAUCAAAGAUGGCCAUUCUGAAGUGUCAGUUCCUAAAAGUGUAGUCAUGUAGUGACUAACAAAUCGUUUCAGAGGACUGGCUCUGAGAGAAACAUAUGGCUGUUUAAUUAUGGGCGAAAGGAAGACUUUUGGGCAUAUCUUCCAUUUAUAGUAUGGGGAACACUAAUGGCAAAGAUUGUAUUUGUGGUAUUUAUAGAGUAUGCUGGAAUAGUAACUUUAAGAAUUUUAGCUGUUUCUUCCCAGUCUGGCUAAUGGAUAACUGAAGAGAGCAACAUAGACAGAAGAUGAAGACUCAUUUUCCUUAAACCAUUAUCUCCAGGAAUAAAGGGGGAUUUGGUAGAAAAGGAAAGCAAAGUUGCUACCUUGUGCUAUUCAUAAAAGGUACCUGAUAUUAUACUGUGUCACCAGAAUGUUCUCAAAAGGGUCUCCAAUAAUUAGAGCAACAAAGGCUUAAUUUUAAAAUGAGCAGUGAAAGGGAUCUGCCACUUCCAAUAAAAUUAACUUGUCAAGUAAAA